CUUCCUCCGAUUUCGUAUAAAAUGAAUACUAUUUCUUCGUUAAUGUCUUUCCUUAACCAAAUGUUGUUAUUUCGACAUCUCCUUCCUCCGAUUUCGUAUAAAAUGAAUACUUUUUCUUCGUUAAUGUUUUUCAAUAACCAAAUAUGGUUAUUUCGACAUCUCCUUCUUCCGAUUUCGUAUAAAAUUAAUACUAUUUCUUCGUUAAUGUCUUUCCUUAACCAAAUGUUGUUAUUUCGACAUCUCCUUCCUCCGAUUUCGUAUAAAAUGAAUACUAUUUCUUCGUUAAUGUCUUUCCUUAACCAAAUGUUGUUAUUUCGACAUCUCCUUCCUCCGAUUUCGUAUAAAAUGAAUACUAUUUCUUCGUUAAUGUUUUUCAAUAACCAAAUAUGGUUAUUUCGACAUCUCCUUCUUCCGAUUUCGUAUAAAAUGAAUACUAUUUCUUCGUUAAUGUCUUUCCAUAACCAGAUGUGGUUAUUUCGACAUCUCCUUCUUCCGAUUUCGUAUAAAAUGAAUACUUUUUCUUCGUUAAUGUUUUUCUAUAACCAAAUGUGGUUAUUUAGACAUCUCCUUCCUCCGAUUUCGUAUAAAAUGAAUACUAUUUCUUCGUUAAUGUUUUUCCAUAACCAAACGUGGUUAUUUCGACAUCUCCUUCUUCCGAUUUCGUAUAAAAUGAAUACUAUUUCUUCGUUAAUGUCUUUCCAUAACCAAAAGUGGUUAUUUCGACAUCCCCUUCCUCCGAUUUCGUCUAAAAUGAAUACUAUUUCUUCGUUAAUGUCUUUCCAUAACCAAACGUGGUUAUUUCGACAUCUCCUUCCUCCGAUUUCGUAUAAAAUGAAUACUUUUUUUUGUUAAUGUUUUUCAAUAACCAAAUAUGGUUAUUUCGACAUCUCCUUCCUCCGAUUUCGUAUAAAAUGAAUACUAUAUCUUCGUUAAUGUUUUUCAAUAACCAAAUAUGGUUAUUUCGACAUCUCCUUCCUCCGAUUUCGUAUAAAAUAAAUAAUUAUUUCUUCGUUAAUGUCUUUCUCCUUCCUCCGAUUUUGUAUAAAAUGAAUACUAUUUCUUCGUUAAUGUUUUUCAAUAACCAAAUAUGGUUAUUUCGACAUCUCCUUCCUCCGAUUUCGUAUAAAAUGAAUACUAUUUCUUCGUUAAUGUUUUCCUAUAACCAAAUAUGGUUGUUUUUAUCUCCUUCCUCUAAUUACAUGUAAAAUGAAUACAGUUUCUUCGUUAUUGUCUUACGAUAAUCUGACAUGAUAUUUGGAUUUUGGUUUUUAUUGUCUACCUGUUCAUAUGCGAUUUAAUC